CCUGCACAAAUACGACUGCUGUUCAGCAGAAGAAAGAAGUCAAUAUGACAAUACAUUCUGAUCAGGUUUUUGGUCUCCCUUCCACAAGAGCUUCAAAUCUACAUAUUUGCUCUGGUUUUAUUGGCAAUCUAACGGGUGACUUACAAGUUCAAAUACAGUUUGCAGGGAAUAAUACUUACCAAACAAUCAUUCCUAGCUAUACAACCAGAGUAGAUACAACAGAAAACUGCGAAUUAAAAAGAGUUCUCAAGUUUUGGAUUGGAUUCACUGUCGCUAUGAAAAAUGCAACCAUUAGAUGUAGAGGAACAAAUGGUCUUCAUCCGAAUGAUUCACCUAUCUUUUCUAAAAAUGAAACUCUUUACCUGGUUUCCAGUGAUUCGUGUAAAGAUAACACUGUAUCCCAAAGCUACCGUGUACAUCCUACAAACUGUCAGUAUUAUAUUGAAUGCCGGAAUUACAUAGAACCCUAUGGUCGUGCAUGUCAGUACGGCUAUUGUUUUGGAAUAUACACAGUAGAAACAUGCACUCCUUGCAAUAGUGUUAUAUGUCUAGAAACAAGUAGCUCCUGCACAAAUACGACUGCUGUUCAGCAGAAGAAAGAAGUCAAUAUGACAAUACAUUCUGAUCAGGUUUUUGGUCUCCCUUCCACAAGAGCUUCAAAUCUACAUAUUUGCUCUGGUUUUAUUGGCAAUCUAACGGGUGACUUACAAGUUCAAAUACAGUUUGCAGGGAAUAAUACUUACCAAACAAUCAUUCCUAGCUAUACAACCAGAGUAGAUACAACAGAAAACUGCGAAUUAAAAAGAGUUCUCAAGUUUUGGAUUGGAUUCACUGUCGCUAUGAAAAAUGCAACCAUUAGAUGUAGAGGAACAAAUGGUCUUCAUCCGAAUGAUUCACCUAUCUUUUCUAAAAAUGAAACUCUUUACCUGGUUUCCAGUGACUUUUGUAACCAGAAUUUUAACAGCACCAAAACCAACAAAUACCAUCAUCCAACAACCUGUCAAAGAUUUAUUUCUUGUGUAGGGAAUGCACCUCACGUCCAUACAUGCUCGAGUGGCCUUUGCUUUAGUUUAGAAAAGGAUCGUUGUGAGUAUUGCGAAGAGGUAAAAACAUGUCCGUAAUACAACCGAAAACUAAAUCGUAUUUGAUUAUUCACGGAUAUGUUUACAUAGACAAGCCUCAAAAUAUAACCGUGUUUCUUGUAGUUAAUCCCACAUUGUUUUCAAAAAUUAUAUUGCACUAGAAGUUUGAAUAUAUAUAUUUGUGUUAACAAUACAUUCAAUAAAAAGAUGAACGAUGGUGGUUUAAGUGUUAAUA